AUGUCUCUUUUGCAUCUCCCUGUCGAGGUUCUGCAGACCAUCAUCUUGGAAACGAUUCCCCAGUCAAUCGAUAAUGUUGCCCUCACUUGCAAGAAGUUGUACGAAGCAAGCGAGAGGUAUUUGGUACAGCACAAUAUUCUCAAACGCCGAUUUCGUCACUUUGCCUUCGACCUGACGAGGGUGUGUAUGACUUAUUAUUAUAGUCCUGACGAUGACGAGAAAAUUUACGGGACGGAGACCUUUGUUGUCAAUAGUCUCGAUCUCCUCAUGAAAAUUACUCACAACCCAAUAAUUGCUCAAUACAUCCAAAUCGCAGAUCUCAAGAUUGCUUUCGGCAACGUGCAGUACCAUUCAGGAGAUAUUUCGCACCUGCCGCCGCUCACGCGAGAUGAAGAUAUCAAAGCACUCCGAGAAUUUCUGCAUGGGUCUCCUUAUCUUAAGGAGAUUGGCCAAGACCCCGAUUUCUGGGAGAUUCUUCUCCUCAGCUUGUUGACCCACGUGCGAGAGCUUGCUCUGCCGACUAAUUGGCGUCAGCUUGGGGUACGAGGAGAAGAUCCAAGCGGAGCUGGAAACGAUCUUCGUACUUGGCAGGUGCUUGAUCACAUUGUGUCUCGUGCUAAUGAACGAGACGCAAAAGAUGCUGCACUGUCGAAGCUCAAAAUCCUUCGACCAUUUGCUAGCUCCGGUUGGAGAUCUAGGCAUGCAUUGACCUUGAAAACACCGUUCUUGGCCAUCAAGUCUCUUCGGGAAGCCUACAUCGGAGGCUGUAUUGCUACUGAUGAUGGCGAGACGGGCAUACCCUUCUCACCAGAGUACUCGGACUACAGCCCACGUCUAGAAAAGCUGGAGUUAGUGGGCUGCACAAUCGGGCGAGGAGAAUUGCGUGCUUUGCUCUCCCGCAUCCCCAACCUGAAGUCCUUACGCUACGCACAUGAGACGAAAUGGGACAGUUGUGGUUCGUACUUCGACCCGGGACAGGCCCUUUGCACCAUCAUGGAGUGCACUGGCGAGACACUGAAAGAGCUUUCGAUGCACACUAUGACGCGAAUGGGAGCAAUAGAGAGUACCCUUACCAACAUGAAGGGCUUCAAGCGCCUGAAAUACCUGGAGAUUGAUGUCGUCAUGCUCAUGGGGACAGAGUUCCGCAGAGAUAUCAUUAAAGAGGAGUUCCCCUAUCAACCGCUCUGCGUGCCGCUUGACGAGAUAGCCGCACCAAGGUUGGUGGACAUGCUUCCUCCAUCGAUCAAAUUUGUUCGGAUACUGGCGACGCCUCGGAACUGUAGGGAAUCAGACCCUGGGGUGACAAAAUGCCUCAGAGUUUUGUUUGAUAGUCUUCGUACAGAAAGACAUAGUGAAGGAAAGCUACCAAGGCUGAAGAAGGUCGUUUUCUCAGCCCUGGGGAACACUAUUGACAACAAUUUCCUGGACAAGUACAAUGCCGGAUGGGUCACGAUCUCUUUGCAAGAGGGAACGGAACUCCAGCCAGACUUUGUCCCAGAUUUCCACGAGCGGUUUGGGUUCAGAUACUGGCUCCCAGACGCCAGUGUAGACGCCGGAACUGUGGAAGCAGACAUAAAGGCGGCUGGUGAUAUUGGAGCUGGGGGUGUGGAAUUCUUGCCGUUCUACAAUUAUGGAGGAGAACUUGGACCUGCUCCAAUUGGGGUAAAUUGGUCUACCUACGGCUUUGGUACACCUGCUCACCUCAAUCUCUUCACAUCGGCUUUGAAAGCCCAUAAGCAUGCGGGGCUGGUCAUGGACUUUUCGCUUGGGCCGAAUCAAGGACAAGGCAUUCCGGCUCAUCCUGACGAUGAGGGAUUGCAGUGGGACUUGGUCUCCUUCAGCCAAGCUACUUCCAAUCGCGGCUUUCUCAACGAGACAAUUCCCGGCUGGGGUGACGGACAGCUGGUCGCUGCCGUGUCCGCUAUCGUGGUAUCUCGAGCGAACAUUUCUUACAACAUCACUGGGGUCACCGGCGUGACGACUGUGUCUUAUGAGGAUCUUGUUUUGCGAGACAGAUCUCUCACAGACAUUACCUCAAGUGUCUCGGGAGAUGGGAUACUGUCCUGGAAGCCCGCUAGUUCUCCAAAUAAUGUAUCUGACCACGAGCUGUUCUUUUUCUACGAAAAGUUGUCUCAUAAUCAGAACCUGCACUUCCUUUCGAAUACAACGAAAACCAUUUGGGACAAUGGCUCGUAUGUCGUGGACCACUUUAGCGCCCAAGGAGCUCGGACAGUGCAGGCCUUCUGGGAGCAAUAUCUGCUUACCGACGAGCUGAAAGGACUUUUGAGAGAGGUUGGAAAUCAUGGAUGGGAGGAUAGCAUCGAAAUUCACUCAAAUAUUUCAUGGACCCGCUCGCUUCCAACGAGGUUCGAAGAAAUGUUCGCACACAACUUGAAGCAAUACCUGCCUCUCGUGAUGUUCGGCAACAAUAACAUCAAUCUCCAGAGUACUUCCCCAGGAACUACGCGCUGUACUUUGGACCGACCGGAUCAGGGACAGGGUUAUGUCAACGACUAUCGUGAGACUCUGGCAGCGGGGUAUCAAGAGUACCUCGCCACACUUUCACAGUGGCUCCAUAGUCUGGGAGUCAAAGGACUUUCAUCCCAGCCAUCUUACAACCUACCCAUGGACAUGGAAGCUUCGAUCCCAUUUGUCGACGCUCCGGAGUGUGAAAGUCUUCAGGGGCAUGACAACGUCGACGGGUAUCGGCAAUUCUCAGGUCCAGCAAAUCUCGCGCGGAAAAAGAUCAUCUCCAUCGAACUUGGCGCGGUUUUCGGAAGAGCGUAUAGCUACACUAUUCCAGAGCUGCUCUUUGCGGCGAAUCGCGCAGUUGCUGGUGGUGUGAACCAAUUCGUCAUUCACGGGCAGUCGUACAGCGGCAACUAUCCUCAAACAACAUGGCCAGGGUACACAGCAUUCAUCUACUACGUCUCAGACCUCUAUUCACCCAAAAGACCAGACUGGAAUUACGGCCUUCAGGCAGCCUUGGAGUACAUGUCGAGGUUGCAGCAUAUCCAGCAACAGGGUGUUCCGAGAACCGAUAUUGCAUUCUAUAACAAACAGUCUGCUACUGAUCCAAACUUCGGAACGGUGUACGAGCCAACAGAUUUGAUUGACGAAGGUUGGUCAUACACUUACCUUUCACCGGACAACUUUGAUCUACCCCAAGCAUACGUCGAAGGCGGUGUUUUUGCACCUCAAGAUGCAGCAUAUCAAGCCAUUGUCAUACUCGGAUCCCAGAACUUGACGCGGCUCUCACUUUCGAAGCUGGAGAGUUUCAUGGAAGCUGGGUUGCAUAUCAUCGUGGCUGGUUCAGUCCCGGGGGUGUACCCUUCAGAGACGCAGGUCAAUCCUGGCCAUACUUCUCCUGGCAAUGACUUGAUUCAGCUUCUUAACAAUCCAAACGUACAUCAAGUUGCAGAGGGCGAGAUAUCCCAGAAGCUUCACGACUUGAAUCUCAAGCCACGAGUUGGGGUAAGAACAAACGGCACGUGGUAUUCCACAUGGAGAGAAGACAAAGAAAGUGGCAUCGCCUACGCCUACAUACUUGGUGACUUAGUUCCAACGACUGGGGAGGUGGUAAUCCAAUCCAAAGGCAUUCCCUACUUCUUCGAUCUCUGGACUGGGGCGCGUCAACCGGUUCUGAACUACCGGACCAGCGGAUCUACAACCACUAUCCCACUAGAACUCGGAGGAAACCAAACAAAGGUCAUCGCGUUCGCUGGCGAAGCAAUCCGUGGUACUACGACACCAGCCAUUCAUGCUACCGAAUUUUCAUCAAACAUUGUCGGCUACGAAGCAGUGGAUGACGGCUUUAAAGUGCGUGUCGCUGCGUCUUCAGAUCCGGCACUCGUCAGAUUGUCGACCGGCACCGAAAGCACUCAUAUCAGCCAAGCCCCUGAACCCUUUGAGUUGGGGUCGUGGACUCUGCUUCUUGAGCACUGGGAAGCUCCAGAAAACUUCAGCGAUGCAACUGUCAUAGCUGUCAAGCGCAACACGACCCACCAACUCGACAAGCUAGUCUCCUGGGUCGAUCUUUCCUCUGCAACGAACACGUCUGGAGUUGGCUACUACUACACGAACUUCACCUGGCCGCCAGCAUCGACUACUGACAGUGCUCACGACGCGUCUUUUGGUGCAUACGCCAAGUUCCCGCCUGUGCUAGAUGCGAUCACGGUCUACGUCAAUGGCGUCAGAUUGCCUCCUCUGGACUUGACCAACCCUAUUGCGGAUGCCACCUCGUACCUGGUGGAAGGAAACAACCAGAUUGUCGCCGUUGUCCCAGGUACAAUGUGGAAUUACCUUCGGAGUAUCCUGCCUGAGAUUAGGAGCUCUGGUCGAGAGUUUUCGGCAUUCGCGGCUCUCCCCAAGACCGACAAUGGAUUGGUUGGUGUUGUAAAGGUUGUGCCCUUUGAGAUUAUCCAUCUGAAAGCUUAG